AUGGGCCGGUCCAGUCCGGCGCGCGCCUGUUCCCUGUCCUCCUAACCAAACCACCGACACUUCAGUGCCUCCGCGAUCGCCGCUGAGUACGGCGGCCGGUGAGUGCCUUGUGUUUGGUAUUCUCGCGUCGGAUAUAUUAAGGUUUACACCGUUAACCGGUGCUAUCGGACUCAUGUCUGCCAUUCUUCCUUUCGCUUUGGCUAUGACGGGACCGGAGAUCUGUGGCCAUGUAGACGUCAAAGUUCCUUCGAAAGGCAGGAAGUUUGGUCAGUGGAAGGCUUGGCGUAGACAAUGGUGUAUCGUCCGCUAUGGUCAUGGCAGCACUCUACAGCUGGUACUGGGCAGUGGUCACAAUAAUCCUACCAGUUGCAUUGACAUCCCUUACAAUGCCAUUAUUUGCAGAUCUGAGUCCAGGUCUCGACAGUUUGCGUUUGGGGUCUACAGUUCCAGCAGUAUCCGGCAGCCUAUUGUGUUCCUCGCCGCCCGCUCAGAGACUGAGGCCCAGCAGUGGAUGUUGCGCAUCAGAAACCUCAUCUCCCCACCAAAAAUCCCAGUGGAGGCAGGAAAGUUCAGUGUGUCACUGAUAGAUAAUGCCCACUCUCGCAUUGCCGGGUUGGCAGGCCUGUUUGGUACCAUGAGUGUUGGUCUCACUGGUAUUACCAUCAACGACCCUGUCACCGGACAGAUCAGGAUGCACUGGCGUUGGUCACAGGUGAACGGGAUAACCCUACGACUCACCUCGGUAGCUGAGGAUGUCAACCACAUUCUUGUCCUUCAUACCUCCAGUGAGUUUUCGUGUGGAGAAGGUCUGCUGGAGCUCUUCUGUCUGGAGGGAGUGGCACUGAUGGCUCAUCUAUCACUGUACCAGAACAAGCCCUCUCAUCGCCUCACUACCUCCCCCCUGCCACCUAUCCCCCGCCAUCCACUGCUGGCAUUUCGGCGCCUGAGUCGCAGCGAAGGAGACCUACGUCGCUGGCUGCCUCUGCCAGACGCCAACUUCCACCUGCGCACUCAGAGUGUCUCCCGCACUCGUGUCUCUCAUGACAAGGUGGCCACCAGCCUAGUGACUGCAGGACUAGGACUCAUGCUGACCACUCCAGGCUGCAGUGAGCCUGACUCUCUCCAUGACUACCAGUGUCUGGACACUCUCUGGCCGGAUGAUUUGGAUACUCUCUCAGACCUCCCAGAUAUCCGCAGGUACCAGAAUAACGCCCGGAGAGAAUCUGGUGUCUCCAUUGCCUCUGGGAUUUACGAGGAGAUAGAGGAGCAGCCCAACAGCAACAGGGAAGACCUGACCCCAGAGGCACCCCCACCUUUGCCACCCAGGAAACAUGAGCUCAGUGGGUCAGAGGAAGAGUAUUGUUUGCCAGAAGAGGCCCUGAUAUAUUCUGUGGCGAAUGAGAAUGAAGAGGAGCCCCUAUACUUGCCCAUGUCCCCCGGAGGACGGAAAGAAGAUACGUAUGUUGUCAUGGCCAACCUGAUACACAAGAAUAAUGCCAUAUCUGAGCCAGUCAUAUGACAGCGUUCUCUUGCAAAGAAUCACCCUAAACUCUCAGUUAUAUGAGAACAUGACAACUCCGGAUGUUGGAGAAUAAGACAUCCUCUCCUCGAGAGUCAAUCUGAGUAUUUCCACAUGAGGUACAAGCACAAACAGUGUAACAGGGGUUAUACAGCUACGAGCUUUGUUUUUUCUAGUUUAAAAGGAUAAUUUUUAACCUGAUUAUGAUAGGUAAUACCUUAAAAUUCCUAUUUUUGGGUUAUUUCAAAACAAUUUUUGCCACUAAAUACAAAGUUUCAAGUUACAGAAAUAAAUUGUAUAUAUGUAUAAAAGAAAUAGGUUUCACACUACUGAACAGCUAAUACGGAAAAACAGUAAUAGAGUAUAUUUAUAUUUAUUUCCAUUUUGGGUUUUAAUUAUUUUAUUGAUUUACUUUUAAAUACCGUAAUCACAUAUAUUAAGUAAUAAAUGUAUUAACUUGAUAGGUAAAGAUUCUUAUUCAAAACAGGUAUGACUCGACUAUUGAACGAGAAGUGAAAGUCUCUGUUCUAAUAAGUUAACUGCUUUAAACAAUAGUUUAUUAUACUGUAAGAGAAGCCAGAUUCGUAAAAGAAAAGAAAAUACAUCUACAUUCAAGUAAUUACAUUGUAUAAACUGAACACAAUGAAACAUGUUUUUGAUGGAAUAAAAAGAGGACAUAACAAGCUGAUUACAGAACUAGUAAUUUCCUUUUUUUAGAUUCUUUUACUUCCGGUUCAGUUAUAAUAAAUUAUAUUGAUUUAGAUCAUAUCAUUGUUCACUUAAUGAUGUAUGUUAACACAAUAUGUUAAAAUAUAUAAAUUAAGUAAUCCUUUUGUUUUGAAUUCUUAUUCAGUAACAAAACUUGUCAAUAGUCUGUAAAGCAACUACAUAUUUCCAAAAAACCUACACUACAAUAUUUGAAUUGUUAAAAAAAUUAUAAUUAAUUCCAUGAGAACGAUCUAAAUGUUAAUUAAAGAAGAAGUGUCUAAAAACAGUAAAAAACAUCAUUGUUCUUGAAUUCCUGUACAAUUUUAAGUUUAUUUUUAAUUAACUAUUCUAAAGUCUGAUUUAUUUAAAAUUACAAUCAUUCUAUCCGUUAUUUAAUGAUACGGUGUCAAAACUUAGUAUUAACACUUUUGAAAUUUUUUCAGUUUUGAAAACAUGGUUUAAAUUCUUUGGAAGUAUUUUUUUUAAGAUA